CUCUGUGAGUCAUGAAUGCCCUAUCCUCAUUUUGUAUGUGGGAAACUAAAAGGAGACUAGCUCUACUGGAACACCUAGGAACAUCAAGAAUUAGGUGCUCCAGUAUCUAGUUUCAGUCACUUCCUGGAAUCCUGAUUUUGAGGUUAGGUGUGUCAGUUUCCUCUCCUGCAGGUGGUGCCCACAGCAGGAUCCCUGGCAUCCCGCAAGCUGAUCAGUGCUGCCAAAGAAACACCGAGGCAGUCUCAGGAAUGUGAAGCUGUGUCCCUGCAGAGGCUAUAGAACCAUUCUCUUGUCUACCUACCAUCUUCCCCUGUGGCUCUGGUGUUCUCUGCUGUGCAGUAACAAAACCUCAACAGGCUGAAGAAUGAACACACAUGCAGCCAAUCUUGGUGAAGGGGCAUAAGUGCUUUCCACGGAAGGGAGGUCUCCUGGGACAGCUGAGGAGAGCCAUCACCAUGAUCCCCGCACUGCUCUUGCUGGGCCUUACAGCCCUUGUUGCUCCAUCCAUGGGUUAUAGUUGCUAUGGUGAUUUAAGUGCUCUUCAAGCCCCCAUGAUCUCUUGUACAGCAGUAAGAGCUCCAGACUGUGCGGCAGGACUUGCCAUGGUACGGAGGACUGCUGAGGCAGAUGUCAUACGCCUGAGGAAAUACGAGAUCCCAAUCAAGAGAGUAGCCAGGAACCUGUGCUUGGAUCCCGCACUCAUCGCAGCCAUCAUCUCACAGGAGAGCCGGGUCGGGCUGCUCCUGGACAACGGCUGGGACCAGGAUCGGCGCAAGUACGGCUUGAUGCAGCUUGGCCGGCAGCAACAGCCUUUUGGAGUGUGGGACAGUGAAGAACACAUAAAUCAGUGCUCAACUAUCCUGGUUCUUGCGAUUAAGGAAGUACGGGCAAGACACCCUACCUGGACCUGGGACCGGCAGCUGAGAGGGGGAAUCUGUACCUACCAUGCAAAAAUGGGCAACCGCCAGGUCUACGAGGAAGACCCAUGUGACAGAGACAACUACUAUGUCAACAGUGUAAUUAGGCGAGCCCAGUACUUUAAGAGACAUGGGUUCUAGUUCAUAAACCCACCCCACCACCAAGCCUCUCCUCCACAUAGCCUAACCCAGUAGUGACCGUAGUACCCAGAGCAGUUCCUGAGGAUUUCUGGCAGGACCAGUGCUGGUGGCAUUGGCACCAGCACCUGGCUCACUCCAGCAAACUCCAGCUCCCAGCUCACUGACAGGCAAGCUCAAUGCUGCCUUCUAGGGGAACUGAGGGACAAGAAGCCACAAGAUCAGGGACUUGGAAAGGCAGACAGGGACAGACCAGCAAUGUUUAAGUGUCAGGUGAGGAAGGUGCCUCUUCUAAACGGAACCUAGGGCUGUUUGUGCAUCCCCCAGGUGCAGACACACAGGCAGCUCUCCUUGGGCAUUGGCUGUGCUUCAUAUGUCCUCCAUCCAUCUCCUUCUCUCUCCUUGGCCAAUAAGGGGGAGAAGCCCCCAGGUUGAAACUUUUCUUCCCCUGGAUCAUUCUAGCUACUAGGCAAUGAAGGGACUUCUUGACAAGCCUCUGGUCUCUGCAUGUUUGUUCUCAUGGCCAACAUUGUGGGGGAAAAUGCUGCACAUGCUUCUAUUAGUCUCCCAAGCCAUGGAGCCCACGGCCAUGGUGGGGCUGGAGAUGUCUUCAGGGUGAAAAGCAGCCUCACACAAUGGGAAAGCCUCUAAUUACAUGUGCCAGAGCAGCCAUUCAAAACACCUUUCCAUUACUGAGCCCUCUUACUGGGAACCAGUCCUGUACCCUCCUCAGGAGCUUUAUUACCUCCUCAACCUUUCCUGCUUUAGCUUUGGCACCUUUAUACUGGGUUUUCUCCAAGUUUCAAAGCAUUUCAGCUUAUCUCUCUGCCAGGAAUCCCAGCUUCUGAUUAGGAGUGAAUUAGCUCUGGGUUUAUAAGCUCUGCUUGAAAGUGUUCUUCAAUGUGGAUAGGUCUGGGUGCAAAUUUAGGUUUACUGAGAAUAAUAGUGAGAAUAAGAGACAAAAUAAAGUUGAAUGUUGAAUCCAAAUUUUUAUUUUCUUUUUUUCCAUGGGACCCAGUG